AUGAUGGACAGCCGCAUCCUGGAGCACCCCCAUGCCCAGUUCGGCGGCAUGGUGGGCUUCCCCUACCCCAUCGGGCACCACCACGUCUACGAGCUGGCCGGCCACCAGCUCCAGGCCGCCGCCGCCGCCGCCGCCUCGGUGCCCUUCUCCAUCGACGGAUUACUCAACGGCUCCUGCGCCGCCUCGGUGGUCAACCCGACCCCGCUCCUCCCCUCGGGCUGCGGAGACAGCCAGCCCUUCAAGCUCUCCGACGCCGGAGACCCGGACAAGGAAAGCCCCGGGUGCAAAAGACGCCGGACGCGGACCAAUUUCACCGGCUGGCAACUGGAAGAACUGGAGAAGGCCUUUAACGAGAGCCACUAUCCGGACGUCUUCAUGCGGGAGGCGCUGGCCUUGCGCCUCGACCUGGUCGAAUCCAGAGUGCAGGUCUGGUUCCAAAACCGGCGAGCCAAGUGGCGCAAGAAAGAGAACACCAAGAAGGGGCCCGGCCGGCCGGCGCACAACUCCCACCCCACCACCUGCAGCGGGGAGCCGAUGGACCCGGAGGAGAUCGCCCGCAAGGAGCUGGAGAAGAUGGCCAAGAAGAAGCGCAAGCACGAGAAGAAGCUGCUCAAGAGCCAGGCGCGCAACCUCCACUCGCCCAGCGGCCUCUCCGUCAACAGCAGCACGCAGAGCUCCGACAGCGACGGCGGCGGCGGCCUCUCCCCGGACCCGCCCGACGGCUGCAAGGCGUCCCUGGGGGGCCCGCCCAACCCGCCUCUGCCCGGCAGCUGCGACCCGACGGGCCCGGCGUUCUACCCCGCCAACCGGGGCGGCGGCGGCUGCAGCAGCACCAGCUGCCCGGCCAAGGAGGCCUCCCCGUCGGGCUCGGACUGCCCGGCGCCCCCUUCCUCAACGGCGCGGCCCCCCGGCGGCUUCCCCAAGCUCAACCCCUUCAGCGUGGAGAGCCUUCUCUCGGACUCCCCGCCCCGGCGGAAAGCGCCGCUGGAUUUCCCACCGGCCUUGGCGCCGUGCGCCCCGACGGCACGCACCCUCAUCGGCAAGGGCCACUUCCUCCUCUACCCCAUCACCCAGCCGCUGGGCUUCAUCGUCCCGCAGACGGCCCUCAAGGGCCACCCGGGCCAAGAGCCGCCCCAGCGGGGCUCCCCGCCCCCCGCCGCCAACCCCAGCCCGGACCCGGCGCCCCCCAAGAGCAGCACCACCGCCGCCAUCUCCUCGACGCCCGGCUCGGAGCCCGCCGGGGCCCUGGGCCCGAGGAAGGCCGCCCCUUCGCCCCCCGCCCCGGCGACCGCCUCUUCCUCCUCCUCGCCCCCCUCCUACUGCGACUCUUCCUCCCCCCAGGCGGACAGCAGCGGCGCCGCCGCGGCGCAACCAAAGUCCCCCCUGCUCCUCCACCCCCCGGCGAAGGACGCUUGCCAGUCCAGGGACAAUUCGGAUUGUCGCGCGGAGCCCGGCUGUCCGGAAGAGACCAGCAAUUUAGACUGUGAAGAGGUGGACAUGGAGUAG